AUGUUGGGGCUACUUUUCUUACUUGCGACAGGCAUUCUGCUUGUCUCCUAUCUCAUACUAUAUCCAACGGUAGAAUAUUACUAUGACCCCAAGGGUCUUCGGAAAUUUCCCAACUUGAAUGCCCUUUCUGGCCUGACCAAUCUCAGUUUUGUAUACGAGGCAAGAAAGGGAAUACGAUCAGAAAAGCUUCUCGAACUGCACAAGAAGUUUCCUGAUAUCUAUGGUCAUGGUACACCAUGCAUUAAGGACGAUUUCUACACCGUCCUCGUCGGUUCUCAUUAUCACCUGGCCGAUGUGGUGGAUAAACCAGAUCACGCUCGCAAGCGCAAGAUUCUGUCUUCAGCAUAUGCCCUAAAGAAUCUUGAGGGGUGGGAACACAAAGUCGCCGAUAAGACCGAGAGACUGGUGCGUGCCUUCGAUGCGCGUUGUACUGUACCUCUUGCUGCAAAUGACACAAAGAAGAUAUCUGCCGAUGACCUUACUGUCGACUACCGUGCCUGGACCAAUUUUUUCACCAUUGACGCCAUUGCGGACAUCGGUCUCUCCGAGCGACUUGGUUUCUUGGACAAUGGCAAUGAUAUCGUCACGGCCGAGCGCAAGGACGGCACGAUAUACACCGUACCUUCAUAUCGUGCAUGCCUGCAUGCUACAGCCCGGGCUCAAUCGAACCUUGUAUGGGCUUACAAUUGGUUCCCAUUUCUUACCAAAGUGAGUAAGAUCAUUUCGCCUAGGUUUCGAGAAUACUGGCGCUUGAAUGAAGGCUGGAAUGAUAUUGUUUGGCACCGAACAUGUCAGCGUCUCCGUCGUUACCAGGCUGGCGAAGUACUUGAUGACUUCUUCACUUCCCUGAUGGAGGACAAGUCUGGUAAUAUGAACAUGAUGGAGUUCGGUGAAAUCAUGGCUGAGGUCUCCAUCAUGAUGAAUGCUGGUUCUGACACGACUGCGCUAGCAAUGAACAAUGCCAUGUUCCUAAUGCUCAAGAACCCACGUUGUCUAGCAAAGUUAAGAGAGGAACUAGACUCUGUUCUCGAUCCAGAAGAUGUUGUUGCACCAUACGACAAGAUCCGCUACCUACCUUAUCUUCGUGCAUGUCUUGAUGAAUCUAUGCGUAUUUAUCCGCCUACCUCAUUUGGUCUCCCUCGCCGCACUCCUCACGAAGGUGCAUUUAUUGGGGAUGACCAAAUUGCGGGCGACACUACGGUGUCUAUUUCUGCAUACGUGGCACACAGAAACCCGUCUAUUUUCCCGGACCCAGACGCCUUCCAGCCGGAAAGAUGGGUGGGAGAAAAUGGCAAAGAAUUGAAACCUUACUUUAUCAGCUUUUCGGCAGGAGCAAGAGGAUGUAUCGGACGAAACAUUAGCUACCUUGAACAAAGUGUUGUUCUCGCUAGUGUAUUGCACAGAUAUGAGUUUGCUCUACCCAGUGCAGACUGGGAACCUACUCGAUGGGAGAGCUUUAAUCUGAUGGCUAGCUCUAUGCCCGUGAAGGUGUGGAGGAGGACUUUUUGA